CAAUGAAAACUCCAAUUACAGAAGCAAUAGCAGCUGCCGAUAAUCAAGGUCGUUUUUUGAGCAAUACUGAAUUACAAGCAGUAAAUGGUAGAUAUCAAAGAGCUGCUGCAAGUUUAGAAGCUGCUCGCUCAUUAACAAGCAAUGCACAAAGAUUAAUUAAUGGAGCAGCUCAAGCUGUUUAUAGUAAAUUUCCAUAUACAUCACAAAUGCCUGGCCCUCAAUAUGCAUCAAGUGCAGUUGGAAAAGCUAAAUGUGCUAGAGACAUAGGUUAUUAUCUACGUAUGGUAACUUAUUGUUUAGUAGUUGGUGGAACUGGCCCAAUGGAUGAAUAUUUAAUUGCAGGUUUAGAGGAAAUAAACCGUACUUUUGAUUUAUCUCCUAGUUGGUAUGUAGAAGCUUUAAAUUAUGUUAAAUCCAAUCAUGGACUAUCUGGUCAAGCAGCAAAUGAAGCUAACACUUAUAUAGAUUAUGCUAUUAAUGCAUUAAGCUAAUUAAUCAUAAAAAAAGAUGAGAGAAUAACAAAUAAAUUAUUAGAUAUAAUAUAAUUUAAUUAUAUCUA